AUGGAUAAAGCAAAGUACUACUAUAUCAGGGAGCGACUAUAUUAUAUGGAAGUUGAUUACAAGAAGGUCACAUGUCCAACUACGCUCGUCACGGUGCUGACGGAGGAUCUCCAUCUCGAUCUCGUAACAGUCGGCGCCGGGACUUAUCAGCAGGCCAUUCUUCCUGCUCCUGCGCUAUAUGACCGCUGGGAUCGUUUUCUUCACGCUUUACUUUUCCUGGAUCUCGUUUAUUGUGCGACUAAACACUGCCAUCCCACUUUCAACGAAAUAUCCGGCUUAGCAUUCGCUACCAACGACGAUACACAAUAUGUGGAACUUUCAUUGAGUGAGGGGUGCAAAAACCCCAAAGAAGCCAAGCACUUCAAUCUCAAUGUGUACGGCAUGCUUGUUCUUGAAACCAAGCCCCUCCUGAGCACUUAUCCUGACCACUUCACCGUGACGACCUUUGCGGACUUCAACAAUUGGCGCUGGCCACGACGACGCGGAGGAGGAUUGAAGGACCUAUUCGUCGUCGGCAGCUCGAAAGGACGAAAACCGGCACCGCGAAUUCACGAAUGCUUUGCAUCAAGAGAGGUCCUCCGCCGCCGCAGACUUGGAAUCGACGGCAUCUGCGACGCUAGCUGCAUAUACCAUAGCGAAGGAGGGAUUGGCACUCCAAAAGCAGCUGCCUUGCUGCUCAUGCAAUUGCGAGCUGGAGCAGUGCCGACUUCUGCCCACUACAGUUCCAGAUCAGCACGAGAUAUGGUGGCAACAUUUGCACGUCACAUGAAAUACGACAUGCUCAAGUAUGUGAUAGACUCAAAGCUGCCAUUCUCACUACUUGUGGAUGGGACAUCGCAUGAUGGAGAAAAAUGGAUUGUGUACCUUGUUCGAACGAAUAUCUCCUCCUGGGCACAGGCUCCAGGUUUGAGCGACGAACCCUAUGCUUACGCAAUGAAACGAAUGAUAGCGUUAUCAUCUGAUGGAGCCUCGAAUACUCAAAGCCAGCAAUAUCACAAAGUGGAUACUCAGUUCCUGAAAAGCUAUCACACUUUGCCCCAGGACCAUGUGGAGUUGCUCGGUUACGAUCCUACUAAGUUUCCUGACUACCGCAGAAAUAAAGCAUCCCAUUCGGCAACAGAUGAGAUACAAGAAACAAGACCACUGACAAAGGUGCAGAUGUUCCGUCCCAUCAAAAGCUUUGAAUCACUGGCUUCACAAAUUCAGGAUGAAAGCGGUUCCGCAAAACGAACAGAGAGCAUCUUUGAUGCCUCCAUGCUUGAAGCUGUUGCACUCGAAACUAACAAUCCAAUUUAUACUACUGAGUGGAACAGGGUUUCUAAGGAAGAUCAGCAUUGGCUCUCAAGCAGAGUGAAAGAUUUCGUUGUUUUCGGUCACAGUGAAGAUCCAAGCAAGAUGCUGCCCGUGGAGAGACUUUCGGCUUUGCUUCCCAAUUCUCACGCACUCCACGUGCUUCCCGUCAACGCGCUCGAUCAGCGGACUUCUGUCUCUUACUGCAACCCCACUUGGGCCCUUACAGCUCCUUCCCCUGCGCUACCGAACUACUGUGACGGCGAGAAUUUUCGAAGUAGAUUACCGCAUAUUGAGUCACCUUCCACGACACCUCAGCCGAACGCGGUGGAUGAUGACACGAGUGUGACUUUGUGUGAAGAGCCACCCGAUGACUGGUAUUUUGAACAACCGAUGGAGUCCGUUGGCCGGAGUGACACGGAAGGGACGGAAAGUGCUCGCUGCUGUCCCCACGUUCUUGAACUGAAAAAUACAAUAACUGCUUUAACUGAUAGACUACUUGUUGUGGAAAGUGAGCUACGCUUAGCAAGAGAAGCGCUGAGGAGAGAGAGCAUGUCCGUUCAGGAAGCACGCCAACUGGCCACUGAAGAAACUCAAAGAAUGUACGGCAUGUACAGAUCUGAAAGAGACAAGAAAGCAUGA